GUAGUAAAGUCCGCAGCUGAGGAGCGACAAAACUGUCUGGAUACACCGUGAACACAGCUGGACAAAAGCCAGGUCUGCAUCCACACUUCACCUGCUUUUUGAACAAAUCUACGUUGAGCAGAUCAGCCCACUUGUUGGUCUGUACACUCCAACACCGACCUUCUCAUCACACCCAACCCCUGAGGGAACUUGAAAGAAACACACACGAUGCCAAACUGGGGAGGAGGCAACAAGUGUGCAGCAUGCCGUGGAACAGUUUACCACGCUGAGGAGGUGCAGUGUGACGGGAAGUGUUUCCACAAAUGCUGUUUUCUUUGCAUGGUCUGCAGGAAGGGCUUAGACAGCACCACACUUGCCAGUCACGGUCAGGAGAUCUACUGCAAGUCAUGCUACGGGAAGAAGUACGGCCCCAAAGGCUACGGAUACGGCCAGGGAGCGGGCGCGCUCAACAUGGACAGAGGAGAGCGGCUGGGAAUCAAACACGAAGAGACACACACUCACAAACCGACCACCAACCCAAACCCCUCCAAAUAUGCCCAGAAGUUUGGCGGUUCAGAGAAAUGUUCCCGGUGUGGAGACUCGGUGUACGCGGCUGAGAAGGUCAUGGGGGCAGGCAAGCCAUGGCAUAAGAACUGCUUCCGCUGUGCAAAAUGUGGUAAGAGCCUGGAGUCGACCACUCAGACUGAGAAAGACGGAGAAAUCUACUGCAAAGCAUGUUACGCCAAGAACUUCGGGCCCAAAGGCUUUGGUUAUGGCCAAGGAGCCGGCGCUCUGGUCCACGCUCAGUAACAGACCGACCAGACCGCUCACACAAUCACACCUUUUCUACGUCUCUCUGUCCAACAUGAAUCAGCUUUUUUCUUGUGUUUUCUCUUUUAUGUUGAAGUAGGACCUCCUGAUACCAAUAAAACCAUGAACAAACACUA